GCGACAAUUGCUUGCUGAGAGCCCUUUCUUUCUCAGUCGUUUUGGCUGCCACAUACUCUUUCCAACAUGCAGAUCUUUGUUCGUGCAGAAGGCCUCCACGCCAUUGAGGUGGAUGGCACCAGCACUGUUCUCGAGGUAAAGAACCGUAUUGAGGAACUCGAAGGUCUUGAGGCCAGCGAGCAGGUUGUUCUUGCUGAAGGUUGUCCUCUUGAGGACGCAUUCCUUGUCGUCGAUCAUGUAGAGCAGGAGUCUACCCUCACAGUCACCGGCCGUGUUGUCGGAGGAAAGGUCCACGGUUCUUUGGCUCGCGCUGGUAAAGUCAAGGGUCAGACACCCAAGGUCGAGGCAGGUGAGAAGAAGAAGAGAAAGACUGGCCGUGCCAAGCGUCGUCUCCAGUACAACCGCCGCUUCGUCAACGUUGUCGCAUCCUUCGGCAAGCGCCGUGGCCCCAACUCCAAUGCCCAAUAAGAUGUGAACACUGAAUAUACACUGAGAAAAGAACAA